AAGCAAUAUUAGCAAGAUAAUGGGUUGUAGGACUUAAGUACUUAAACUUAGUCCUACAUUCCUACACAGUACAUCCACAACAAACUAAACGAUAAGACAUAGAUAUUUAUAAUACAAAUUAAAUACAUUUAACGAUGUACCUAAUACAAAUAAAACAUAUUGGUUGUAAUACCUAUUACAGAUGAUUUUCAAUCUAAUCAAGUCGCAAUAGUAUGUGAUAAUGGUUCUCAUUCAUUGAAAGCUGGGUUCUCCAAUGACAAUUUUCCACGAUCAAUAAUUCCAACUAUCGUUGGAAAACCUAAACAUGAAAAAAUAAGUACCAUACCAGAAUAUGGAGAAAAUCUUGUAUUUCCAGGUGAGUCUGCUAUAAGAAAUAUGGACAUUUUGGAUACGAUUUGUCCAAUACGUAAUAGCAUCAUUUCUGACUGGGAUGCUAUGGAAAAAAUCUGGUACCACAUGUAUUUCGAAGACUUGUUGGUACCACCAGAAAAUUACAACAUUUUACAUACAGAAGCAGAUAUGAAUUCAAAGUCGUCACGUGAAAAAAUGUUUGAGAUUAUGUUUGAAUUAUUCAACGUACCAAAGACAGCAGUGAUACCCAAGUCAGUUCUUGCUUUAUAUAGUAGUGGUAGAACUACUGGUUUGGUGGUAGAUUCUGGAUACGACUACACACAAGUUAUGCCUAUUUUCGAAGGAUAUCCAUUGCAUCAUGCUGUACAAACAAUGUCUGUUGGCGGAUGGCAUAUAACACAAUAUUUGAUGGAGUUAUUAAAUAAACGUGGAUACAGUUUUACCUCUUCGAAAGAUUUCGAAACUAUAAAUAAUAUUAAAGAACAAUUGUGUUAUUUUGCUUUGAACUUCCAAUUUGAAAAAGAUAUGUACACUGAAGAAAAGGAAAAACAAUAUACAUUGCCAGACGGAAUGGUGAUCAAUGUCGAAAGCGAAUCCUUUCAAUCACCUGAAAUCUUGUUUGAUCCUCUUUUGUUCAACAUCGAAUCAAAGCUAGGAGGUAUCCACAACUUGAUACAAAGAGCAUGCAGUGCUUGCGAUUAUAAAGAACAAAAAAAUAUGUACAACAACAUCAUAUUGGCUGGUGGUAGUACGAUGUUUCAAUUUCUGCCCAUUCGUUUGGAGAAAAUGUUAGCUGAUUUAGGCACAUCUCCUAAUAGCAUACAAAUUAAAGCGGAUCCCGAACGUAAAUUUUCUACAUGGCUCGGUGGUGCCGUAUUAGCUUCGAUGCCUAGCUAUCAGCAAAUGUGGAUCAGCAAAGAAAUGUACGAAGAAAAAGGGUCUGAAGCUAUACAUGAAAAAAACUUAAUUUGAUCGAUGUUAAUCUAUUAUAAUUUGUAAUAAUCCUAUACGUCGACCAAUGUACUUGUAUUUUGACAGUUAUUUUAAAGUUAAAUGAUCGUCAAUUGAUGGUAAAUAACAAUUUUCUUUUUUCAAUAAUCUCCGUUGCCGUUAUUUUGUUACCCAUUCCGUACUCAGUUAAAAAUAUAAUCCCCAUGAAUGUCUAUGCAUUUACGGAAUAUAACACAUAUUUAUAUUAUAUAAUAUACCUGGAAGCGCCAGGUAUCAUAGAGAGAAUAGAUCAUUAUAAUGACUGUACAGCAUUAUAUGGGUACCUAAUUUGUUUCCUUUAAUUAUUUAGUAGCCUUAAACAUUAUAUAUUGUUUUGUUGUGCUUCUUAUAUCUUUGUUAAAAAUAAAA